AUGCAACCAUGCUCUCUCUCCACUCCACGCGGAGUUUUCAGCUUUGACUUGGGCAAUGAAGUCUGCAUUACAGCUCGGAUUACAAUCCAUCAGGUUGAAACGGACUGUCUGCAACUUGUUAAGCUAGUAGAAGAAGAUGAGUUUUGGCCCUCUAUGGCCAUAGAGAUAGACGAAUUUCAGCUAGUUCGAUCCUGUCUCACUUCCUUUACUAUCAUCUUUAUCCCACGUUUGUAUAAUGUCCGUGCUGACGUUCUGGCUAAGGCCGCUCGAGCACGAGACUCCCUGUUCACCUAUGUAAACUCUUUGAUUCCGAGUUGGCUAGCUCACAAAGCUAGUCUCCUCGGUCCAGUCUAA